GCAUCCAUCCGGCGUGCGUAAACGCUCUGGACUCCUGUCGGCACGAGGCUCUCUCAUCCGCAGUCAUGCAGAACGGUGCCGAACCAUCCCAGUUUAGCCUGGAGAAUCUGCGCAACUUGAUUGAGGGUUCCACUCAGCGCGGGUUCGACGUCCCAGACUCUGGAGGUCGUCCUUUUGAUGACAACGCAGGUAAACGGCAGACCCUUAAUGGGCUGAACCAUCGACUGGAAGACUACCUGAGGAAAGUGAUUCACCUGAAAGACAAAAACCAGAUCCUGCAGACACAGAUCGAUGCCAUCGAGGCUGAGAGGAGGGAGUCUCGUGGACUGGACUGGAAUCAAACCCAGGAAACCCUGGAGGAUCAGGAGCGGCAGAUUAAGGAGAUCUCAGAGGAGAAAGUAAAGUUAAUCCUGAACAUUAAAACUACCAAACUGGAAAAGGAGGACUUCAAGAGGAAGCUGGAGGCGGAAACGACGGCCAGAAGGACGGUGGAGAAAGAGCUGGAGGAACUGGUGACAGUCCCUGUACUGCGACAGCAACAAGACAACUUAAGGAGGGAAAUUGAAAUACUGAACAAGACGCUCCAACAACAGAAAACAGAGCACCAGGCUAAAGUCAAGGAUCUGUGUGAGAAGAUCAGGGAGUCAAAGGUGACGGUGGAGAUCAAGUCUCAGAACUCCAACCUGACUAACAUUGUCAAGGAGAUCCGGCAAAAAUAUGAUGCAAUAGCAAAGAGGAACAUGGAGGAGAUGGAUGAGUGGUACCAGAAGGAGCUGAAGAGCAUCCAAGAGCAGGAGAAUCAUCACCGGAGCGAGCUGGAAUCUGGAAAUUCUGAGUAUACCCACCUGCUGAAGGAAAAGAAAAUGCUGGAAAUCCACACUGACACUCUGAUUACCAAGAUUAAAUAUCUUGAAGAGACUCUGAAGGAGAGCAGACAGCAAGUGGCUGGCAACAGAGGUGAGCUAAAAAAGAAGCUGGAGGAGCUGAUUUCCCAGAUUGAUGAGCAGCAGAAGAAGAACCAAGACCUGCUGGAACUCACUGGCAGCCUGCAGGUGCAAAUCCGGAAAUACAAAGACCUGGUUGGCUACAAGCAUCAAUCAGCCUGAGAGAGAUCCUUCAUGGUUCACGUAUAAAGAGGAAUCUAUGGUAAAAAAAACCUCCUAAUACAGGUUACAUCUAUGAUCACAUCUAUCUAUCUACAGAAACUACACAUUAAUGAUGAUGACAAUGAUGGCAGCAAUGAAGAUGACAUGAGUCUUGUCACCUGAAACCAGCUUCAUCGGCCGUUUGGGGAACUGCUACUUAUGGGUCUGCUUUAAAUUCAGAAGGUGGGCGGGGCUUACAUAGGACAGGAUGUUAUUACAACAUCGUAUAGAAAUGAAUAAAAGCUCAAAUGAGUGAUAGGGGUUUGAUCACGUCUGUUUUUUUCUUCUCUGUCACUGAUAACAUAGAAUCACAUGAACUCUGUCAAAAUAAAAGCAUCUGAUUCCAAAGGAA